AUGUCGUUGGGCAACCCACCCAAGCGGAACCCGCCCUUAUCGUUCAUGGAGUUGAUGGCUCUGGAGAGAGUCGGCGAUAUUCCUCCAAGCAACAACGUGGAAGCUGAGAAAGUGGAACAUUUCCAAUCCAUCGCCCCGCCGUAUGCCCCCGGCAUUGCCAAUGUCGCCUUUGGAGGCCAUGUGUAUGCGCAGUCAGCCUACGCAGCGUCUCAGACGGUCAGCAAGGGUUUCGUUCUACAUAGUGUGACAGGCUUCUUUCUCCUACCAGGCCAGCUGGAUGUUCCUUUUGUCUACUCAGUCCGCCAUGUUCGCGACGGCGGAAACUACUGCCUACGCGCUGUGGAGGCCAGGCAAGAAGGCAGGGUUUGCUUCUCUUCCCUCUGCUCCUUCAAGCGUCCGGAAGCUCAGCAGCAUAAUUCCAGCCAUCAGCCUCCUUUCUCAGAGCUCGAGAAACGCUAUGAAUCCGUUCUUAAGGGGAAAAGUCCGGAGGAUCAUCCCAUCGCACCGGGGAUCGACUCUCCGUGGUAUAUACAAUAUGUCGAAGCUGGCAAGAUUCAGGAACCAGACUUCCCCGGUGUCGAAGUAAGGAAAGUGGAUAUGGGACAGUACAACCGAACAGAUGAAGUCAAAAAGAAUCCACAUGAGUACCGCCAAUUGCAGUUUUAUCGCUUCAUUGGCUCCCCAGAACAGGAAACCGGGGCUGUUGAUGAGCUCCAGCAAAAAUGCAAAGGCCGCGACGGGGAGUACGACAACCUCUUCGCAUGCGCCCAUCUCUACGCUAGCGAUAAAAAUUCCCUGUUCAUCAUCCCCCGCGCUCUCGGUCAGCCAGACGGCUGGACGCACCUGGCGAGCCUGAGCCUGACGGUGAUAUUCCACCAACAUGGGGACAGUCUGAGGAUGAUCGACUGGGACUCCGGGGAAAGAAAGUGGUUUCUCGAGGAGUUCUGGACCAGCAGAUCGGGGGAAAAUAGAGCUUUACAUGAAACCAGGCUGUGGACUGUGGACGGAAUACUGCUUGCAACUGCAGUUCAGGACGGUCUGGUCAAGCUCAAGGGACCAGGAGACUCGAAGAUUUGA